AGAAGUGCGCGCUUGGCCGAUACUCGAUCACGUUCCCUGCAGUGGUGGUGUGUGUUUUUCUGAAUCACAGAAGCUCUCGGUGCAAAGAAGCCAGAAGAGUUUUUUAAUUACUCGAUUGUGGAAGCACGCGCGCGUCGGUACUCGAGCCUACUGCGAUUCGGCUUGUCAGUUGUUAGCGUGACUAGAAGAAUUUGAUUUGAUAAAAUAUUGAAGCAAUCCGUGACAGUGGAGGAAAACAGAAGAUUUAGAACAAUGCUAAACUGUGCAGAUUUAGUGCAAUUCGACCAAUACAGCCUGCAGCUGUACAACUAUGCUAUGGUUGAGCGUUUUCGAACGAAUCAGUUUUUCAACUAUGGGAAUAUAGUGACCGACCCGAGAACGCUAUCCCGGUUUUUUAAACCAUCAGUGUAUGUGAAUAAUCCGGCUGAUGUCGGGCCCAGUGCACUACUUGCCGACGCCAGCAAACUUUCAUCAGCCCCGAAGCCACAAUACAGCUAUAUUGGACUGAUUGCGAUAGCGAUCCUAACAUCACCGGAGAAAAAACUCGUCCUAUCGGACAUCUACCAGCAUAUUUUGGACAACUACAGCUACUUCCGCAGCCGAGGCCCAGGGUGGCGAAACUCAAUCCGCCACAACCUAUCGCUGAACGAUUGUUUCAUCAAAGCGGGCCGUUCGGCUCACGGCAAAGGCCACUACUGGGCCGUUCAUCCGGCAAACGUGGACGACUUCAUGAAGGGAGACUUCCGACGGCGAAAGGCACAACGCAAGGUCCGUCGCCACAUGGGACUCACUUCGGACGAUGAUAUCUUCGACAACAGUUCUCCGAGACAGUUUUUCCCGGCGAUUCCCGCCUCACCGGUCAUGAACCCAGCGGCGUACAUGCCUACGGCAACAGAGCCUCUCAGCCAGGCGGCAGCAGCUGCGGCGGCAGUUUGCGCCUAUCCGACCACCAUGGAACAGCAACACGCGAUCAUCAAGGGCGCCAUGGAAAGUUUCUCCCGGAAGCGACAGUUCGACGUGGAAUCGCUCCUGAAGCCAGACGAUGCGAGCUCAUCGUCCAGUCUGCAAGAACCACCGGAGAAGAAAAGUAGACACCUGCAUACCCCGAACUCGAUGCCGGAAAAUGCGGCGCUCGUGUUACCACCGCUCGGUCAUCACCCCCAUCCGUUGGCCGCUUUCGGAAGCUUAGCGGUGGCCGGACUGGGUCCCAAAAUAUUACCGAAGCCGACCUAGGCCAGUAUUGUUCGAGAAUCCAGCAGUGACCGUUUUCUAGUUGUUUAGACAUAGACGUACACACUAUCGUAGAGCGUAGGUAUAAGAAUCCUAUAUUAAGCCGGUUUUUAGUAAUAAAACCGAGUGAAUCGUUGACUGUAAUAUUAUAACUGUGACACAAAACUUUCCAUUGAUUAAACGAAAAUGAUGAAAAAAAACUGAAUGCUA